AAGAGUAACUAUCGCAGAGUAACUCUCCUUUCAGAAUCCAGCCAAUUCUUUUUGGGAUUUGAGCAGCCAACUUGAGGAAGAGAAAUUCUCUUCUUCCACUUCUUUGGUGUGUGUGUAUAUAUAUAUAUAUAUAUAUAUAUAUAUAUAUAUCUAUGUAUGCUUUCAGUUUGAAGACAGAACAAGUUCACAAGAAUAUAGUAGUUUUAUCAUAGUCUUUUGUUCGUUUGGAGAGCUGGAGAAAGGAAAUGGGUUGGAGAGGGAUUUUGGGUUUUGAAUAUGGGAUUGUGCAGGCUCCUUUGGGACCUGAUAUUUCUUGUCCUGAGCUUGUAGCUGCUGUGGCUAAUGCUGGCGGACUUGGCUUCCUCAGAGCUCCGGAUUGGGAGUCACCUGAUUACUUGCGGGGACUGAUAAGGAAAACACGAACCUUAACUGACAAACCCUUUGGAGUUGCUGUUGUUCUGGCAUUUCCCCAUGAGGAAAAUAUAAAGGCCAUACUGGAUGAGAAGGUAGCAGUUUUGCAAGUUUUUUGGGGUGACUGUUCAGAGGAGCUUGUAAUCAAAGCUCAUCAGGCUGGAGUCAAGGUUGCUCCCCAAGUUGGGAGCCUUGAAGAUGCUAAAAAAGCCAUCAGUGUUGGUGUCGAUGCAAUUAUUGUCCAAGGACGCGAAGCCGGAGGGCAUGUCAUUGGUCAGGAAAGCUUAAUUUCACUGUUGCCAAGGGUAGUUGAUCUUGUUAGCGAUCAUGUUAUACCCGUAAUUGCUGCUGGUGGUAUUGUAGAUGCCCGUGGCUAUGUUGCUGCUCUAGCCCUUGGUGCUCAAGGGGUCUGCCUAGGCACUAGGUUUGUUGCAACAGAGGAAAGCUAUGCUCAUCCGACAUACAAGAAGAAGUUGAUUGAGCUCAACGAAACUGAGCAUACAAAUGUGUUUGGCAGGGCCAGGUGGCCUAAUGCACCACAACGUGCUCUGGUAACUCCUUUCUUCAAUGAUUGGAAGUCUCUCCCACCUCAUGAGAAUGAGCUUAAUCAACCUGUCAUUGGUCGUGCUACAAUAAACGGCCAGGAAAAAGAGAUUCGUCGUUUUGGGGGCACCGUUCCGAACGUGACAGCAACAGGUGACAUAGAAAGCAUGGCAAUGUAUGCUGGUGAAGGUGUUGGCCUUAUCAAUGAAAUUCUUCCAGCAAGUGAAGUGGUCAAAAGGCUAGUUGAGGGAGCUCAACAACUGAUCCACAAAGAAUUCAGUAACCCAUAGUUCAACUUCUGCAAA